UUGUCAGUAACACUUGGCUUAGAGAAGAAGGUUCAUACGCUCAAAUACCUUCAGUGCGGGGUACGCACUACUAUGCAGCGGUGAAAAAUCACACUGCGCCGGAUGUCGAUGUGGUCAGCACUGCCGUGUCCAUAAUCGUUAGCACGAUUAGCUUCCAGCAUGCCCGAGAAAUGGAACGGCAAUCUGAGCGCGGGAUGUUGCCAUCGACAGACGAUACAAUUCCCAUGGGCCUUCCAGCUAAGCGUGCAAUCCCGUCCGUUCUAGCUCCGAUGACGAGGAUGCCGCGCGUCCAAGCAAACCCAAAAGGCCUUCUGCAGCAACAUACGCACGUGCGCCCUUCUCUCUGUUCAGUGGCAUUAGUCCAUCACGUUCAGGGCCAUCAACAAGCAACCUAAUCGCGCCACCGGUUAUUGCUGACGUCCCA